AUGGACGAUAAUAAACAUUUUCUCAAAAUUUCAGAAGUUCUGCAGGAUCCAGCACUUGUAUCGUCAAACAAUAAGAAUAUUUGUGAUGUUAUCGGUAAUAUAAUUGCAAGUUCUCAAGUUAGUAAUUUAGAAAUAUUUGUAAUCGAGUUUUGGAAUAAGAUGUGUUACGAAUGGUUGAAGAGACGUGUCUUAAAUGGAAUUCUAAAUUGUGGAGUUACUAAUAAUUGGCAAAUAUUACCAAUAAUCAGUAAUGUUAUAUCACAUUUGAUCAGCUCUCAAAUUUCUACGAUACCAGAUGGAAUUAAAUAUCAUUUUUGUGAUAUUUAUGUUGAUGAAUUGAUAAAUGUUGCAGAACAGGAAUCAUAUCAAAUUCCGUUAAGUGAAUUAAUCAUCCCAUUUGUACGGGCAUUAAAGGAUAUUAAGAACAAGAUCUUAAUUUCCAAUAUCAAGGCUGAAGUUUUUAAUAAAUUAAUAUCUCAAAUUCCUAAAGAUAAUAUUUUUCUUAAAGAUCAAUUGAUGGAAAUACACGGUGAAUUGAUAAAGGUUACUGAAUCAAAAGAGAUUUCUUCAAAAGCUAGAAAGACAGCCAAAACACUAUUACAAGAGUUCAUAAAAGUAAUUGGAAGUUUUAAAAUUGUAUCAUCCAACGACUUAAAUAAUAAUUUUAAAAAACGUAAAAUCGAAGAAAUAGAAACACCAUCAGCUUCUUCAUUAUCAUCGUCAUCUGUUGCAUCUUUUCCAUUAUUGCUAACUUCUAUUGACAACAAUGAAUCAAAGAAAUGUAAAAUCGAGGGUAUUGAAUCAUCAACACAAGAAUCAGUAAUAGAAAUUGCUAAAAAUAAAAAAAAUAAAGAAUCACCGGAAUCAUCAAUAUCAUCUACUAUAUCAUCAUCUUCUACAUUACUUGAUCUAUUUAACUCGGUUGAUAACAACGAAUCAACUACAGAAACAACACAAGAAUCAGCCGUAAUUGUUGCUAAAAAUGAUGACGAUACGCCACUACUUAAUUUACUUGAUUCAGCUGACAAUAACGAAUCAACAAAAAUUACAGCCGAAGCAACGACACAAGAAUCAGCAAUAGUUGUUCCUAAAAAGAAAAAAAAGAAAAGUCAAAAAGCUAAAUCGAAAAAAACUGACUCACUUGAAUCAUCAACGUCGUAUGAACCCUUGAAAUUGUUUUUAUCAAAAUCAUCGUUAUUGUCAUUUUCGCCACCGUCAUCUGCGUCAAAAUCAAUACCCUCUUCCUCUUCUUCAUAUUAUAAAAACAAUUCUAAUAAUAAUAAACUUAGAUGGGGGGUUAAUAUGACUAAAGAAUAUGUAAAGGGCAGUACUAUUGAAAAAAAACAUAAAAAUGGCAUCAACACACCAAAUACACCAACCGCUUCAACUGUUUCAACUACUCUAAAUGUUAUUAAACCUAUACUUAAACGAAUUUAUACGGAUUAG